CAAGCGCUGACAAGCUGCAACUGGUUAACCUCUGAUUGGAUUGUUCAUAAUGAGAAAUGUUAUUUUGAUCUAUAUGUGCUGUCUUUGCUUCUUCGCCAGUGCAGGCGUUCGCCGCCGCCUGGUCCGCAGCGUGUGCCGGUGGGGCGUCGACGGUGCUGGUUCCGGCGAGCUACGUGUUCCUUGUCGGCCCCAUCAUGUUCACGGGCGAUUCUUGUGAGCCCAACAUGGCCUUUCAGGUGGACGGCACAAUUCUGGCGCACGCAGGCUCUACUGCAUGGCGCUCUGGGGUUGUGACGCAGUGGCUGGAGUUCAAGAACGUCCGGGGGCUUACCAUCAAAGGUUGCGGCACCAUCGACGGCCAGGGCAGCCAAUGGUGGGGCGGCGCUUCUUUUGCCGGUGACGUCGAGAUGGAACUGGACUCUGAUCGUAUCGGAACAAGCUACAGACCAACAGCUGUGAGGGUGUUCCAGGGCGCCAAUGUAACAGUGACGGGGAUCACGAUCAGGAACAGUGCCAGGUUCCACCUCACCUUCGACACCUGCCGUGCCGUCGAGGUGCACGACGUCGCCGUGUCGUCGCCCGGCGACAGCCCCAACACGGACGGCAUCCACCUCGCCGGCUCCGUCGGCGUGUCCAUCCACCACACCACCAUCGCCUGCGGUGACGACUGCAUCUCCAUACAGGACGGCUGCUCCGACUUAUUCAUCCGUAGCGUACGCUGCGGCCCAGGCCACGGCAUCAGCAUCGGCGGGCUCGGCAAGGGCGGAGCCUCGGCGGUCGUCUCCGGCGUCACCGUUCAGGACGUCACCCUGAACCAGACCAUGACCGGCCUCCGGAUCAAGACCUGGCAGGGCGGGUCAGGGUCGGUCAAGAGCGUGCGAUUCUCCGACGUGCAGAUGUCGGCAGUGAAGACGGCGAUCGUGAUCGACCAGUACUACUGCGACCACACGACGUGCACCAACCAGACGUCGGCGGUGGCCGUUGCAGGCGUGGCGUACCAGGGCGUCGCCGGCACGUACACGGAGCGGCCGGUGUACCUGGCGUGCAGCGACGCCGCGCCGUGCUCGGGGAUCCACCUGGCCGACAUCCUGCUCGCCCCGGUGAAGGACAGCGGGCGCCACCUCCAGGGGCCCUUCUGCUGGAAGGCGUACGGCGACGAGGUGCGGCCGGUGGAGCCACCCGUCGAUUGCCUAAGCGCCGGAGCUCCAUGACCGGCGAGCAGGCCACGCAGCAUGACAUUUAGAAAUGGAAUAGAAAAUGCGUUUGGUGGUGUUGAAAAGUGCGGUCGCCGCGAGUACGCCGACCAGAUUGUGGUUACAGCCUACAGCAAUUGUUUAGGCAGGCUGCAACUUAAAAUACGAUAUGUUUCCCUUUUAAAUUUGGUUCAAGGUUUCA